GAAGCAGCCGCAGCCACAGCCACUGCGCCUGGCUGUCCUCCUGUGUGCCACCUCAACCUUUUUCCUCUCGUCUUUAACGAACCACAGAAGCUCCAGAGUCGGUAUGUCCUCCAGGAAGAGAGUCGUCCACGGGGACGAGGGAGUGCGGGACGGACUGCCGGCAUGCAAGCAGGGCAGGCCGGGUGGAAAGAGGCACGUAGCCGCUCUCAUUCUGGCGAGGGGAGGAAGCAAAGGGAUCCCUCUGAAGAACAUCAAGAUGUUGGCCGGAGUUCCUCUCAUUGGAUGGGUGGUGAGGGCUGCGUUGGACUCCGAGAUGUUUGACAGCGUGUGGGUCUCGACAGACCACGACGACAUCGAGAAGGUGGCGAGAACCUGGGGUGCCGAGGUGCACCGCAGGAGUGCUCAAGUCUCCAGAGACACUUCUACGUCACUGGAAACCAUCCAAGAGUUUGUCAGGCUCAACCCAGAGGUGGAUGUGCUGUGUAACAUUCAGGCGACCUCCCCAUGUCUCCAUCCGUUCCACGUGAAGGGGGCCCUGAAGAUGAUCCUGGAGGAUGGCUUUGAUUCGGUGUUUGCGGUGGUGAGGAGACACCAGUUCCGCUGGCAGGAGGUCAAGAAAGGAUCUGAUGAGUUUACCAAGCCACUUAACCUGGACCCUGUCAACCGACCGCGGCGUCAGGACUGGGACGGCGAGCUGUGCGAGAACGGCUCCUUUUACUUCACCACUACAGACCUCAUCAUGAAGAAGGGACUUCUGCAGGGUGGUAAGGUGGCCUACUAUGAGAUGCUGCCAGAGUACAGCGUGGACAUAGAUGUGGACAUCGACUGGCCUGUGGCAGAACAGAGGGUUCUCAGGUAUGGCUACUUCGGUCGGGCCACGCCGGAGGUGGUUCGUCUGAUGUUCUGUAAUGUUUCCGGGUGCCUAACGGAAGGAAGAAUCUUUCUGACCGCGUCCGGAGAGGAUAUGGUGUCGGUUAAUACCAGAGACACCAUGGGCAUCCGCAUGCUGCAGAAAGAAGAAGUGGAGGUCGUGCUGUUGACCUCCAGCCAGGACCCCGUGUCCCGGUCGUUGGCCGACAAACUGGCCGAGAGGACGGGCUGCCAGGUGGUCCAGGUGGGAGAGGAGCCGCUGGAUGAUCUGAAGCCGAUGGUGGAGAAGAGGAAGCUGCAGUGGAAGGACGUGGCGUACAUGGGUAACGAUAAGCCCGACGUCAACUGUCUUAACCUGGCGGGUCUGAGCGCAGUACCUGGAGAUGCUCCGGUGGUUGCCAUUAAUGCUGCCAAGUACACCUGCCACAGUGUCGGGGGAAAGGGAGCCAUGAGGGAGUUCGCCGAACAUAUCCUCCUGCAAAAACAAAAAGCAAAGUCACAGAUGAAGCAGGACCGCAUCGACAGCUGCAGCCAUUAAUUUAAAGUACAUCGGAUCUUAUGGAGAAGUUUAAGAGUCGGGGCAGUUCAUGCACAGAUGACAGAUGUAAUCAAACAGUGCACAUUUAUUAUCUGAGAUACUUAAGUAAUUGUAGAGUUAGCAGAAAUUAAAUGAUCUGCAUUUUACACAAUCAGGUUUUACUGUUAUUAACUUUUUUGGUGACUUCAAAAUAUGAGAUUCUUUUGAAUUCUCUCGAUAAUUUUAUGAAAAGAAGAAUUUUAAGUAAUGCUGUGAAAAUACUACAAUGGACUUUUAAGUUAAGUUAUUGUGCAUUAACAGUCAGGGCAUGAAGUAGCACUCUCCUUGUCGGCCGAGUUUGAACAUAAAGAUACAAAAUGUCUACCAAAACCCAAACCACUACACUGGAAACGGCAACUCUUGUCUUUUAAAACACUUUUAAAACGCUAAAACAACCAAACCCGAAAGUGGAAAGAAAGCAGAUCAAUUAAAAGGUUUGUUUUCAUUUUGAAAUCACACCAAAUGAUGCCCCCAAAUCUGAAAACAGGUGUAAUUAUUAGAGAUACAUUUUUUAAAAAUAUUUAUAUAGAAGGUGAAGCAUUUCAAACAAAAAUAUAACAAGUUGAACGUCCAAAAUAUGUGAGAUAUAUCACCUUUUGACAGGUCUCAUGCACUCUUUCUGCUCGUAAAUGUCACGUCUCGACUAAACUGUUCCGUCAUGCUGUAUGUACGUUUUUUUAUUUCUCAUGUGCCCUUUAAAGCAAUAGUUUGAAAUUUCGGGAAAUAUGUUUUCUUGCCAAGAGUUGAAGAUGUGUUAGGUCUGUAUGGUAAAUAUGAACCCACAGCCAGUUAGCUUAAACGACAAGUAACGGGAGGUUAUGUGGCAAACAGGCAUCUGUCUGGGAGCAGUGACUUCCAGUAAAAUCACAGCUUUCUUGCAACCAAACAAACAAACAAACAACAUAUAAUGUGUUUAAUUAGUGAGCUUUAGAGGUGCAGAUAGGUGGAGUUUGUUAUUUAAGACAGAGCCUGACCUGUAGCCUUCUAUUAAUGAGCAGAUCUGUGAGUGGCGUAGAUCCUUUCGUCUAACUCUCAGCAAGAAAAUGAAUAAAAGUGUUUUGCUAAAAUGUGGAACUAUUUCUUAGACGUGCAAUCCGGUUUACAGAAUGCGCCUGAAGGUAGCACUGAGCUAACUUUGUGAUUGUGUGCCUCUCGCUGCCUGUUUAGAAGGUGGCCUGAUAGGGAAGUUUAUCUUUGUUUGGUUUAUAAUUAAACAGUGGGGAUGGUCUCUAGGGAGCUCAGUGGAAUAAUAACCUGUGUGUGCUCUAUUCAGUAAUGUAUGAGGUGUUCUUUGUGCUGUAUUUUCCAUUAUCCAUUGUUCUUUUUUCACCUUCCUCAGAAAUGUUUGGUUGAUUUCUAUUAUUUAAUAAUUAUAUAUCAUGAGGUAUUUUGUUGUGUGAGUAAUUUUUUUUUUUUUUUCAAUGAAGAUGUCUGUUAGAAAUGGUUGAA